GAAGACUUAGAACUUCUGUAUCCCCGAAUUCCGACGUGCGGGACGCUCGGGAAAAAACAGGAAAACGGGUUCUCGAGGUGCUCCGGUUUCGUUUCUCCCUGGGGAAAGAUCGUCGCGAGUUCGCUGGUGGUGUAAAAGUUCCUCCGACAGACUGGACUCGAUCGUCCGUGAUCGCGGAAUCCGAUCGAAAAUAGAGUCGGGUCGGGCCUCUGUAUCGAUCGUUCGAUCGAUUCGGGCGCGUUGCGUUUUUAUCGUUCGCCGAAAGAUCGUCGCGCGUCCAGAGGUUGUUCCUGAUCGAACGGCAAGAUGGAUCUCGGGGGUGUGGACGUCUGGGGCCAGAUCGCCGUGGAGACGUCCCAGAUGUUCGUCUCCGAGGGCGGCGUCAUUAAAAGUCGCUUCGCGGGGACCACCAUAGAGAAGCUGCCGGACAAGAUCGUGAUGCACGUCUUCAGCUACCUGUCGCACCGCGAGAUAUGCAGGGUCGCGCGUGUCUGCAAAAGGUGGCGGCAGAUCGCCUACGACACGCGGCUCUGGAAACACGUCUCGCUGAGGCCGGAGAUCAGCGGGCUGCACGUCAGCUCGCUGGACAAUCUGCUGCACUUGAUCAGCACGCGAUUCGGCGCCUCGCUGAGGUACAUCGAGCUGCCGAUCGAGCUGAUCACGCACACCGUCCUCCACGAGCUGGCGAACAAGUGUCCGAACCUGACACACAUGCUGCUCGACUUCUCGACCGCCAUGCAGCUGCACGACUUCUCCGAGAUGCAGGCGUUCCCUACCAAGCUCAAGUACAUGUGCAUCUGCCUGUCCGAGGUGAUCUUCAUGGAGGGUUUCAUGAGGAAGAUCUACAACUUCAUCAACGGCUUGGAGAUCCUACAUCUCAUAGGAACCUACGAGAAAGUCGAGGAGGAGGAGGAGGAGAUCUACGAGGUGAUAAACGUGCACAAACUGAAGUCGGCCACCCCGAACCUGAGGGCGAUCAACCUCUACGGGAUCAAUUUCGUCGACGACUCUCACAUCGACGCGUUCUCCUCGAACUGCAUCCAGCUCGAGUGUCUGGCCGUGAACUUCUGCGCGAAGGUCACCGGCUCGACGAUGAAGACCCUGUUCCAGAGGAGCCGGCGGCUCAAGUGUCUUCUGAUGCAGGGAACGAAUCUUCAAAGCGAGUACGUGAUGCAAGUCGAGUGGGAGAAGUCGAGCAUCCAGGAGCUGGACGUCACCGCCACGGACCUGUCCACCGAAUGCUUGAUCGACAUGCUGUCCAGGAUCCCCAGCCUUCGUUUCCUGAGCGCCGGCCAGCUGAACGGGUUCAACGACAGCGUGCUGAAGGCCUGGGCCGAGACGGGCAACCCUCGGAAUCUGAUCGCCUUGGACUUGAACAGCUCGGACAAUCUGACCGACGACGGCCUGCACAAGUUUCUCUCGAGAUACGGUCAUCAGCUGUGGGGACUCUCUUUGUCCGGCAUGCCUCACAUCACCGAUCAGCUGUGGCAGAGCGUUCUGCCGAUCCUGACCAACGCCAUGAUCCUCGUAAUGGGAACCAACGAGAGGCUGGGCGUGAACAUCCACGUGGACCAGCUGAUGGACGGAAUCGCGAACAACUGUCCCAACCUCGAGCGACUGGAGCUCCGCUGGGAUCCGGAGAACCUGCGGUUCUCGGACAAGAGCCAGAAAGCCAUCGAUAUCCUGCGCGUGAAAUGCAUCAAGCUGCGUUGCCUCAGCCUAAGCGACGGAAGGUACUACGAGAUCGUGAAGGCGAACUUCGAGCGAGCCGACAGACUGACGGUCGUGAGGACGACAACCUGCUGCAGGGUCUCCAACUACUACCUCCUGGCUAAUUACAAGGAUCUGGUCUUCAAUUAAAUUUCGCUUCUUUUUUUUAUCUAAUAAGUACCUAUUUGUAUAUGAACGCGAGGGAUUCGAGUACAUGUUCCAUACGAUGCAUUGCCGAGCGACAGAAAUCCGAACCAAAUCCUGGACAAGUGGUGACGACGGACGGGAACCCUGUUAUUCCGAGUAUUAAGACAACGUGCAAGAUACAAGAUACAAGAUACAAGAUAUAUAUUUUUAUACACCGUUUUUGAGCCUGUACAUAAGCGACGAAAACCGCCGAAUGUUUCUCUACUGCCAAAGAACGAUGUUCCAUCGACCGCGCUUCCGUUUAUCGAAUUCGACGAUCUCGAUGUCGGUGCUGUAAUUGUAAAAUGAAAUGAAUGAACAAGAGUUUGACAGAAAA